CAAAACCAAUAAGAGCGUAUCGGCGCCACUCGGUUUGGAAAUAAAUAAUGUAGAAAAAUAUUAUGUAAUAUAAUGUCAAAUAUAAAUAUAUAAAAAGGCAGGUGUUAGUGGUAUUCACAAGCGGACUUAAAACCUAACUACUUUUAACCACGAUAUGUGCUAAACAUCAUAGAUGUACAUAUGUUCAAACUGCUUGCACCAUCUUAUCAGAAACUAAGUUCAAUGCCAAGUUAAUUUUAACAAACCAUGACAUGAUUUGGAUACUUGAAUAGCUUGAUUAACUCCAUAUAUGUACAUAUAUAUGUAAAUCAGAUUUGCUAGAGGUAAAGCCUACUUACUGGUAUGUGCAGAAAUACUACGCAUGAUUAAUUAUAAAUAACAAUUGACAGCUUAUACUAUAUAUUCCAAUCUCAUUCAGAUUAAGUAUCAGUUUAUUUGCAGGGAUGGACUCCAUCAUACCGAUGGAGCGGAGUCCAACUUAUCAAGCAACUUAUGCGAUUAAGAAAAAUUAAGCAAUAUGUGUAAGUGAAAUCAAAACAAGCAGUGCACAAAUAACUACGGGCUGCAAUAAAUUAUAAAAAGAAAAACAAUAACCAAGAUAUUGACAAUAAAAACAAUCGAAAAAAGCCAAACAGUGUUUAGUAUCAAUUCGAAAGGCUAACGAAGCAGGCCAAAAAGCGGCGGCCGAAGGCUUAGGUAACUGUGCCGUUCGACAAAACAGCGCGACGGACCAAGCACAAAUACAUGACGUACAAACUGUAUUAGUGUCUAAAUAACCAUUACGUAGUAUGUUCCCACUGCCAGUCCAAUUAAAAAUAAUAGUAAUUAAAAAAGAUUGCACACAAAAUGUUCGCCAGUAGGCACAUCUGCUACUUAAAUGUGUCCAAGUUACUGUCAUUAUUUUUAAUACUAUUGCUGCCCGGAGGAUUGACGAAAUUGGUAUCUGGUCAUAAGCUGACGGCUUUGCUUAUAACGAACCAUAACUACCCGGUGGAAGAGCACAUAGUGCACACGCUGGACGACUACAUCCUCACUAUUUACCGCAUACCCACAUCACCAAAGCAUCAUCAGUCAAAUGGCUCCCAUAAAAGACCUGUUGUUUUUCUGCAACAUGGCAUCCUUUGUGCCUCCGACGACUGGAUUAUCAAUGGUCCAGAAACGUCUCUGGCCUAUAUGUUUGCGGACGCCGGUUACGACGUAUGGCUGGGAAAUGCUCGAGGCAACACCUAUUCUCGUCAGCAUAAACACAUCCACCCGGAUACGUCCGAUUUCUGGCGUUUCAGCUGGCAUGAGAUUGGGGUCUAUGACCUAGCUGCCAUGUUGGACUUUGCCCUUGCGGAGAGCCACUCCAGCUCACUGCACUUUGUGGCACACUCGCAGGGCACAACAACGUUCUUCGUUUUGAUGUCUUCUCUGCCUUCGUAUAACGAGAAAGUACGGUCCGUGCACUUAUUGGCACCCAUCGCCUACAUGCGCAACCACUCUUUCAUUCUGUCGAAGUUGGGGGGCCUCUUUCUGGGAUCACACUCGUUUUUAAGCUCCGUUCUUGGAAGCAUGGAACUGCUACCCAUUACAGGCGUUCAGAAGAUGAUGUGUGAGCAUGUCUGCUCUGUGGGCUCAAUGUUUCAGUUCUUGUGCUCUGGGCUGCUGGACUUUAUCGGGGGCUGGGGAACUCAGCAUCUUAACCAGACAUUGCUUACAGACGUGUGUGCAACCCAUCCGGCUGGAGCAUCCACCAGUCAGAUUAUCCACUACCUGCAGCUUUACACCUCAGGGGAUUUCCGGCAGUAUGACUACGGGCGUGAACAGAAUGAAAUAAUCUACCAGCAACCUACCCCACCUUCCUAUAAUGUUCAAAACAUCAAAAGUUGCGUAGACAUGUAUUACAGUGACAAUGACUACAUGUCUGCGGUGGAGGACGUGGAGUACCUAGCUACAUUGUUACCCUGCGCUAAACUUUAUCGAAUUCCAUACUCUGACUGGAACCAUUAUGACUUUCUAUGGUCAUCUAAUGUGAAGGAGGUAAUUAAUGAUAGGAUAAUAGAAAAAAUGCUUAGAUAUGACCUGGAACAUGUCUUGGACAAAAGUUUCUAAUAUGUAUGAUCUCUUAAUAACGUUAAUGGAAACAACUACAAAUUUGUUGCUAUAUAUGAACAUAUUAAAUACUUCAGCUUGUAAUACCAA